GACCUGAGAACACCAGAGACCAUGGUGGAGAGAGUUGGAUCAAGCCUGGACCUGAGAACACCAGAGACCAUGGUGGAGAGAGUUGGAUCAAGCCUGGACCUGAGAACACCAGAGACCAUGGUGGAGAGAGUUGGAUCAAGUUUGGACCUGAGAAAUGGAUUCCUCAGAGCUGUAAGACUUGUGACCAUGUUGAGGACUCCACACACUGGCUUCAGAUUGAACCCUUGACUUCCACUGUCCAGGGAGUGACAAUGUUCAGGCACAGGACACCCAGAGGGAGUUAUGAGUGCACAGUGUCUGGGCUCCGCUGGCUGUGUGACAGAGAUGUCAUUCUGAAGUAUCACUUCAGGAACUGGGAACCCUACAGUCAACUUCUGAAAGACAUGCAGUACACACAAGGUGGUCCAUUGCUGGACAUCACUAUGGAGUUAGGUGAACUGGAGGAAGUUCAUCUGCCACACUUUGUCUGUUUAGGGACCAACCCUUCCCUGAGGAAUGAGAUGAAGAUUCUUCAUGUAGAGGAACAUGGAGUGUCUUUUGAGGAAGUGCAUGAGGUCACCAGAUUCCAUGUUAAGAUUCUUCAUCCCAAAUUCUCACCCAUCUCUGUUAUACUGAGGUUACUGUCUUGGAACAUAGAUGUCCACUGUGACGUGGUCCUCUAUUUGGCAGUAAAAAGGUCAACAGUCAUUUCAAGGCUAUACCUGCUCCUCAGAAACUCCAGUCAGAAAGAGGCUGUUCAGGAACGGGAGAAAAACCAGGUGUCCAAAGGAUUUUCAGAAUUCGUCCUGUCAAGUCCAAACGGGUCCUUAAAGCUGAACAGUUGGUUUGCGUUCAAGAAUCCCCGCUCCACUUCCAUCAAUCCAGAGAAGAUUCAGCUGUUACCUGCAGACACCACACCAAGCUGUUGUCAGAUGAUUAUGGGAAACACAGGGGUGGAUAUUGAGAUGGAGUUAAUCGGGGAUGAUGAGAGGACAGUAUGGAAAUCAGUGGUAUCAAAAGAUGUGUACAGCAACGACUCUCAUCCAACAUCAUUAAUACUCCUUGGGAUUCCUGCUGAGGAGUUUCUUCAGAAACACAGGGCUGAACUCAUUCAGGGAGUCAAAAACACAAAGCCAAUAGCAGAUGUUCUGCGGUCAAAGUACAUGAUUGGUGAUGAAGAGUACUCCAGAAUAAAAGCCGAAACAACUGAACAGGAGCGAAUGAGAGAACUACUGAACGCAGUCCUCCCUAAAGGACCAGAAGUGAUGGGAGCUUGUCUCAAAGCUCUCAGUGAACAUGAACACCAUCUUGUUAAGUUCUUGAGUGAAUCGAGGUGUAUCAUAGGACCAUUAUUCCAUCAUUAUCUCAUCGUUAUCUCAGAUGUAUCAUAGGACCAUCAUCACAUCAUUAUCUCAGGUGUAUCAUACGUCCAUCAUCACAUCAUUAUCUCAGGUAUCUAACACCUCCUUCUUCUCCAUACUUUCUGAUCUCUCUCUUCCCUUCUCCUCCAUCCUCUGUC